GAAACGCCCGGAUGUGGAGAAGGCGCGCGUAGCCGGUGGACAGCAAAAACGCGCCGCGGAGACACCUGGGAGGCAUCGUCCGCGUGGGAGUGCGCAUGCGCAGACGCCCGGCCGGCGACCGAAGGCAGUCUUUAGCUCUCAUGGAUUGGGAGCUGGGAAAGGAAUGAGAAGACAGAAGUCAGAGACAAGAAGAGGCUAACAUGACUGAUACCACUAUAAUUUAGUGUAAGUCAUCUCUUACCUUCCAAGAGAACCUGCUGCUUGGAACCUCCAGAUACACUUCCCUUCUCAUGGGCAUAGCCUCUUCUCCAGCUGCUGCCCCAGUGCUUCCUCUGGGCAUUCAGUGGCCCACCGACUCUGGUGGGUGGGUUUGUCCAGUCAUUCCUCUUUGAUAGGACCCAAGACAACCCAGACAGCCUCCACCCAUGGGGUCUUCACCUAGUGCUAAGGAACUGCCUCUUUUCUAAAGAGGACUCCAAAGGAAGGACUGGUCAUCUCUUUCAUAUCUCAAAACCAUGGCUCAGGGAUCAGUGUCUUUCAAUGAUGUGACUGUGGACUUCACUCAGGAGGAGUGGCAGCACCUGGAUCAUGCUCAGAAGACUCUAUAUAUGGAUGUGAUGUUGGAAAACUAUUGCCACCUCAUCUCUGUGGGGUGUCACAUGACCAAACCUGAUGUGAUCCUCAAGUUGGAACGAGGAGAAGAGCCAUGGACAUCAUUUGCAGGUCAUACCUGCUUGGAAGAAAACUGGAAAGCUGAAGACUUUUUAGUGAAAUUCAAGGAACACCAAGAGAAGUAUUCUAGAUCAGUUGUAAGCAUCAACCACAAAAAACUGGUGAAGGAGAAGAGUAAAAUAUAUGAAAAGACAUUUACUCUAGGCAAAAACCCUGUGAAUUCAAAAAAUCUACCUCCUGAAUAUGAUACUCAUGGAAGGAUUUUGAAAAAUGUUUCAGAAUUAAUCAUCAGUAAUCUAAAUCCUGCAAGAAAGAGACUUAGUGAGUAUAAUGGAUAUGGGAAAUCACUCCUGAGUACUAAACAAGAGACUACUCAUCCUGAAGUCAAAUCCCAUAAUCAAAGUGCCAGAGCUUUCAGUCAUAAUGAAGUUCUUAUGCAGUAUCAGAAAAUGGAAACUCCAGCACAGUCAUUUGGAUAUAAUGACUGUGAGAAAUCAUUCCUUAAAAGGGGAGGCCUGAUUACACAUAGUAGACCUUACAAAGGAGAAAACCCAUCUGUGUAUAAUAAAAAAAGAAGAGCAACCAAUAUUGAAAAAAAACAUACAUGCAAUGAAUGUGGGAAAUCUUUCUGCAGGAAAUCAGUAUUGAUUCUGCAUCAGGGAAUUCACUCAGAAGAAAAACCCUAUCAAUGUCAUCAAUGUGGAAAUGCAUUUAGAAGGAAAUCAUAUCUCAUUGAUCAUCAGAGAACUCACACAGGAGAGAAACCCUUUGUUUGCAAUGAAUGUGGUAAGUCCUUCCGCCUAAAGACAGCCCUCACUGAUCAUCAGAGAACACACACAGGGGAGAAAUCGUAUGAAUGUCUGCAAUGUAGGAAUGCCUUCAGAUUGAAGUCACACCUCAUUCGUCAUCAGAGAACUCACACGGGAGAGAAACCAUAUGAGUGUAAUGACUGUGGGAAGUCCUUCCGCCAGAAGACAACACUCUCUCUACAUCAGAGAAUCCAUACAGGUGAGAAACCCUAUAUUUGUAAAGAAUGUGGGAAGUCCUUUCACCAGAAGGCAAAUCUUACUGUACAUCAGAGAACUCAUACAGGGGAAAAGCCCUAUAUUUGUAAUGAAUGUGGGAAAUCCUUCUCCCAGAAGACAACCCUUGCUCUUCAUGAGAAAACUCAUAAUGAGGAGAAACCCUAUAUUUGUAGUGAAUGUGGAAAGUCCUUCCGCCAGAAGACAACCCUUGUAGCACAUCAGAGAACACAUACAGGGGAGAAAUCUUAUGAAUGUCCUCACUGUGGGAAGGCCUUUAGAAUGAAGUCAUACCUCAUUGAUCAUCACCGAACUCACACAGGAGAGAAACCAUAUGAAUGUAAUGAAUGUGGUAAAUCAUUCAGUCAAAAGACAAAUCUCAAUCUACAUCAGAGAAUUCAUACAGGGGAGAAACCCUAUAUUUGUAAUGAAUGUGGGAAGUCCUUUCGCCAGAAAGCAACCCUCACUGUACAUCAGAAAAUACAUACCGGCCAGAAAUCCUAUGAAUGUCCUCAGUGUGGGAAAGCCUUUAGCAGGAAGUCAUAUCUCAUUCAUCAUCAAAGAACUCAUACGGGAGAGAAACCAUAUAAAUGUAGUGAAUGUGGAAAGUGCUUCCGCCAGAAGACAAAUCUUAUUGUACAUCAGAGAACUCACACAGGUGAGAAACCCUAUGUUUGUAAUGAGUGUGGUAAGUCUUUCAGUUAUAAGAGAAACCUCAUUGUCCAUCAAAGAACUCACAAGGGAGAAAACAUUGAAAUGCAAUAAAUGAUGUGGUUUCUUAUAUGAAUUCUUUACAAGCUGUUGUAAACAUUUAGUUUUAAGAAGAAAAGCAUGCUGAAACAUGUUAAUGUAAUUUUAAAUCACAAGUCUAAUAAUUAAAGUACCAUAUGGAAUAACUGUCUACUGUUUACUAGCAUAUAAAAUAAGUAUGAUCAUUAUUAUUGAACUCUAUCAGCUAUGAAGCUAAAUUUUAAAGUCAACUGCUCUUCCUACGGACUCAAAUAGUUUAUUUUUUAAAAAUACUUAUAUAAUACAUGCAGAGACAAGAUACACAAUGAUUAUAAGCAUUAAUCUCCAUAAGAGAAAAUAUUUAUGAACUAUAUUUCUCAUUGCACUCUGUAAUAAAAAGCAGUUAGUUGUUACUUACCCAAGAGUUACCACUUCCGUAGCCUAUAACAUCAAAACAUAGUUUUUGCAUGUUUUCAAUUUUAUAAAUAUAUAUUUUAUCAGACAUCAUGAAUUAUUUUGUGUCUUGCUUAUUUCAAUUUUUUAAGAUCUGUACAUUAUUGCAUGUGGCAGUAGUGUAUUUUCAUUUUGCAUACUAUUCCAUUUUAAGAAUAUAUUGCUGUUUAUCCUAUUGAUGGAUAUUUGUAUUUUUUAUACUUUUGUGUAAUAAUAAAAAUACUGCUGUAAGUA